UCACAAUAGUUAUGGAAUUUAUUGCAAAUUGUUUUAUUUUUUAUUAUUGUAUUUUAUAUUUUGGCGUCCUUCAAUUUUCUAUUUCGUUUAAAUUCUACACCGUACACGUAUCAGCUGUUUUCACUACUACGCCAUUAUUCACUAAAAACACCGCCGUUAUUCAAUAGAGUUGGAAAUUUUUCCUUUGUACACUAUACGUAAAUAUAACAUAGCAGCUCAUAAGUCCAUAAAGAAUUAUUUAAAACGCCUUGGAAUGAAUUCUGAAGAGAAUAUGGCAUCCGGAAGUAGUACUGAGGGAGAGGUAUGUUGUAGAGUUUGCCUGCAACUUGAGGAGUUAAUGAUCCAUAUUUACGACGGUGGUGUUAUUGAAGACUUUCAAACAGACCUAAUCACAUUACUGGAACGCUGUGGAGGAAUCAAAGUAGAACAAUCAGACAGUCUUCCAAAAUUUCUAUGCAAGGAAUGUACGACUGAAUUAUUGGUGGCUGCGAAGUUUCGUGAGAAAUGCGAACGGACACAACAAUUACUAAAAGCUGCUCCUCAAAAGAAAUCAGAAUACGUAGAAAGUGAAGAACCUUCCACUGAUACUGAAGCUACAUAUGAUUCACAGUUUCUAAGCGAUCGUAAUAUCAUAGAAAUUCAUCCAGAUAGUUUUGUGGAAACAAAUUUAAAUGAAGAAAACAUUGAUGUGAAGUGUACAGCAAACACACAGCUUGAUAGUGCAAUUACGCUCGAAAGCGGGGAACCCAUUGAUCUUAAUUUAAACGGUAUUGAUAUAAUAGAAGAAACCAAUGAAGAAUGGCAAGUAAUGGAAUAUUUUGAAAAUAAUAGCUGUGAAGGAAAACAAAAACAAGAAAUUGAUUCGCCUAAUAGUAUAUACCUGAUGAAUGAUAUCAAUAGCACAGCAAAUGUUGCCUCACAAAUAAAUGCUGAAAAAAAAUUCACAUGCGAUUCCUGUGGAGCAGUUUUCCUACAGGCAGCUAAUCUUCAGAGGCAUUUGGAAAAAGUGCACUUCCUACUACAACCAUAUCGCUGUCCCAAUUGUAGUCACACUUUUACUAUAGAGCAAACUUAUAUAAAUCAUAGUAUUAGUUGUAUAAAAUCCAAUGAUCAAACUGCUCCAGCAAUUAACAUUAAUAUCCCAAUUAAAACAUUUCCAACGUCAUCCCAACGAGAAUGUGUAUACUGUGGCAAACAAAUGCAGUCCAACUUCGCUCUCAAUAUGCACCUACGUACACAUACCGGGGAACGUCCUUACAAAUGUGACCACUGUCCGAAGGCUUUCAAAACUCAAUCAGCUUAUACAAUGCACAUGAAACGUCACGCUCGAAAGCCUGACUAUUCAUGUUCAUUGUGCCAUAAGACUUUCUAUGAGACCAGCAAUUUGACGGUGCACAUGCGUACGCACACUGGAGAAAAACCACAUUCUUGCACUUUUUGUCAAAAACGGUUUUCACGAGUUUUCCUUUUACAACUACAUAUGCGCACUCAUACCGGUGAAAAACCAUAUCAAUGCAAGAUUUGUAACCGUAGUUUCGCGCAGCUAUGUGAUUUAAAGAAUCACGAGCGUAUACAUACUGGCGAAAGAAAUUAUAAAUGUACUACAUGUGGAAAGACAUUUAUAAAAAAGUACUCACUCAGGGCGCAUAUGGAUCGGCAUGCCAUCCUACAGAGUGAAGAGGGAACUGUGUCCGAUGAAAAAAAUAUCGAAGUAGAAAAUGCCAAAAAUACCCAAGCCGAAGAUGAAUCCGUAAAAUAUAUGCUUGACAAUAGCAUGCUGCAAGGUGAUAGUUACUUUCUAUCGAAAGUUCCUGAAGAUAGUUUUUGUAGCCUAUCUUAUGAAGAGGUACCUCAACUGAAUGAACCCAAUACAGACCUUGUUUGGAGUGAUUUUAUAGUUGAGCAUAUAUGAAAUAUAUGCUUAUAUCUAUGUAUAUUUAUACUACUUAGAGAAAUAUACGAAAUACAGAUAUACAUAUAUAUUCCAACAUAUAUACAUACAAAUUGGUUUUUAUUUUACCAAGGAUAAUGACAAAAAACAGUAUGACCUCGAUGACAAUUUAUCUAAUCCUUAACGGUGAUUAAGCACCCGUUAUAACAACAACAAGUGUCGCAGUCUAUUCCCACUACACUGAUUGCGAUUCCGAAAUAUUUCCGACCAAAAUCUAUCGGCAAUAUUACAAAAAAUUAUGUGAGGAAUAGUUUUGACCGAUCAAUUAAAAAUAAGUAAAUUUUUUUUAGAGAACCUGCAACAUAAAUUUAUUGUUGAAUACUUUCGUUAAAUUUGUUUAUACAAUAACAUAUGCCGUUUUAUACAGUGGAUUAUUUAAUACAUACAAUAAAUCUUAAAACACAGUUAAAUGUACAAAAUAAUAAUGGACACUCCUUUAUACAUUAACAAUAAAUAAUUUACAAAAAGGAAACACACAUUUGUUUUUAUGAUAUCAUAUUGUUCGUGCCUCAAGUGGAUUCAAAUCGAAUUUCAAAGUAAUAGUAAGUAAAUUGAAAUACAUACACAUUUUUUAUAUGUAUGUAUAUAUAGGUGUUAUUUGAUGCUGAUAUUUAUGUACAAGUCGCCCACAUAAAACUAUUGGAAUUCGUUUGAAUCGGACUUGAACAGCCGACUAAGGUAAGCUUAGCUUAAUUAAAUUAGCAAAUGUUAAACUUAAAACAACAACA